CCUGACUUCUACACUUGAUAAAUGCGUAUAUAUAUGAAUCUGUCAACAUAUGCAUGCAUCCAUGUAUGCGCCUCCCUCGCCGCUCCAACAUGGCAUACAUACACACCCUGUAGCCCAGAUCCAUCGGCAGAACUCAGCAAGCCAAAACUGCUGUGUGUGACUUGAUAAAGGCAAGACUGACACUCGAUCAUUCAUGGAUGUGCACAUGGACGUGCCUCAAAACUGCAUAGAUCCAUGCAGCCACUCAUACACAUCUACUUCUGUAAUGGAGCUCCACGUAUGCUGCCAGCCUGCGGGCCGAGUCGCUUCUCGAAUGUCAGGUGACAGUUGAGGAUCAACGACGUGUCAAAACCUGCCAUUAUGUCAUGCACACAUACUUACGUACAUCCAUUGGCAUGUAUUGGGGGGUCUGUAUCGGUCCUCCGGUCUCACCGACUGCACAGCAGGCGAGGUAGAAGUUCCAAAUGCGGCGGAAGCUGCCAUCAAAACCAGGCGCAUGCAGACAUAUCUCAUCCGACUGUAGGCAAGACGCAAUACACACAUAUGCCUGCAUCCAUCGGGGUGUGUGUGUGUGUGUGUGUGUGUGUGCAUACUUUUGCUUCGAAGUUGUUUCGCCAUGCCCUGAGAGUGUUGCCGUAGCUGCUCUGACCUAUCUCGUCAACACUGCAUGAAUGCAUGCAUGCACACAGACACCACGUGAGGUGUGUUAUGUCUGUGUGGCAAGAGUGAGCUGCCCACCCAACGAGAACGAGCGUGGGAGCCUUCUUCUUGACCUAAAUGCAUAGCACCACACCAUCAGCAAUACGACCAUAUCACUGUGUGAUUCAUGAAUGCAUGCACGGCCUACAUACCGCCUGAAGAAUGGCCAUCUGCGACGGCAAAAUGCCCCCUGAUUGAUACACACAGACAACACACUGAUCACCCUCCAUCGCUGUGUGUCACAUGGUUGCCGACCGGGGAAUAUGAACACGUUGAUGAAGUUGGAUGUGUUGACGUAGCUGUCGAACCGAUAGUCAGGCAUCAAUUGGAGGGAGGACUCAAUCCAGUUCGACCUCACGUUUCAAGGCGAUGCGUUC